AUGAAGGGGAACAACAAAGCUACCACUGCAAACACUAACGAAAUAAACACCAUUCAGCCUCCACAAAAGUGUCACAAAACUGCAGAAGGGGGCACUAGGUCAAAGAGAAUCAUGAAAAAGACAUUUGACAUCAGCCCAGAGCAAAUGAAUGAAGACGCACUGUCAUCUGACAAAAAGAACUUGCCGUUUGAAAACAUGGUUGUGGACAGCUGGAAGAAUAGCCAUCCGGACAUGGAGAUGCUUGAGGGAGUUCUGUGGCUCAAGGGAUUCUGGGCUUCAUUGACAAGAGAUGAUCUGAUAAAGGAGGACUACGAGUACUUGGAAGAGCUGGGGGAGUGGCACAAACAAAAGGGUGAUGAAGGUGAUGAGUGCAAUAACCAGUGA